UGUCAUUUUUUGCUGUGUUGUUCAGUAGUGUAACUAAAUCGAGUCGUGCAAAACAUCAAAGAAACCCAUAAGCGCCAAUGUACACCCACUACAUACAAAAAUAGCAUUAAAAUCAAUACUAAUAGACUAAUAGUAGACUAAUACUAGACUAAUAGUAUUUAAAUAACGAGUUUAGAUGUGCAAACAGGGACCGUCUUAUGCUAAAAACAAGACCAACUGCCUAGCGUAAACGUUAGCCGUGAAAGCUAACAUUAGCAUUCACUAUAACGUCUCGUCUCAAAGCAUAGCACAUGAAUGCGGCCAUUUCAUUCACUUACCCAACUACGCGGACAUCAUCUGUCCAUGUUUUAUAUCCGUCUUUGACGCCAAUAAUGCGAGAUAAAGACACAAAAAUACACGGCUUUAAAGUAGAGCAAGCAAAGACCAGCGAGAAUUUUCCCCUACGUCUGUACUUCCGGUUGUUUUCGUAGACUUCCUGUAGUUAGAAGACGCCUCUCUUUCGCCACCUGCUGGACGUUUUUAAACCUGCAAUUAAAAAAUAUGCUUUUGAGUUUACCAUUCGAGAGCAGAACAUUGAAAUAAAUUUUAAAAAAAGAAUAAAAAAAAAGAAAUAAAUCAAACAAUAACAAUAAACCCCUGCCAAAACAAGUCUGCCUGAUGGCGGCCAUGUUUUUCAACACAAUUGACACAUGGGCCUUUAAUACUAAUAAUAGUGCAACAAAUGUGGUGUGUUUGUCAGGAAAAUAAUAGCACAUGCAACACAGUUGACAUGCAGUUUUCUGCAAACUUUUAUCCUUUUAUGUGCAGGAGUGGAAGUGUAACAUAAACAUAUACGUAAACAGUCAUAUGUGGCCUAAUUCAUUGUCUCCACUUGCAACUCAAAGUCAGCAAAACUAAGCUUGGUAUUGCUACAUCUACCAAAUCUUAUCAUGUCCUGAAUGUAACAAACAUACAAAAUGAAAGCAAAAGUGCUUAUCAGCAGCUCUGGUGAUGUAAUGCUACACGCUGUUGCCUUUUGGUGCAAACGGUGCAGGUUCAAUUUCCUGCCUCAAUACCCAGCCAUUGGGAGAUGCUGAUUACAGGGAUGAAUGGGAGUAGCGCAUUAAGUGCAAAACCUAAACCAAAUGGAAUGUAAUUGACUCAUUUGUUUGGAAACAGAAGGUCAGGCCUUAAUCCAGUUUAGGCUUGGUGUGAUUGGCUAACACCUCUGGGCAAAUCAGCCACGCCUCUUAGUCCUUUAGCAGCUUGUUUUUAAACCGUCUAUCAUAACGUCUCCUCCUUUUGGCUUUAUGAAUUUCAUUGUGACAUCCAUUUUGUGUUUUUACAAGCUUAAUGUACUGCAAUGGGAGCACAGCUUCCAAUUACAUGGCUUACAUUGUUCACCCUGAUCGACGGUCUCUAUGGGGAUUUAUUGAUACAGGGACCGAAGAAGGCCAUCUCGGAGGGCGACAGUGUCAGGCUGGAGUGUAUGUACACGGACAAAGCCUUCAACAUCACCAAAGUCAAAUUUGAGGUCUUCAACCAGUGGUUGGCGAUUUGGCGCAGUGUUUGGAAAGGCUCGUGGUGCUUCUACUCCAUGGACGUGCAGCAAGUGGACGACAAGAUGGUGCUGGAGAUCCCCCGAGUGGCUAGUUUCUCCAAGAGUGUCUUCCGCUGCGUGUCGGACGACGAUACGCUGACGGAACCUAACAACGCCUCCCAGACUCUGUCCUUCAAAGUACAUUAUCUGAGGGACGUGCAGCUGUCCCGAGUAGGCUUGGCCAGCUUGUUAGCACUCCCACAGCAACUCAAAGUCCGACGUGGGGACGACGUGAUGUUGAACUGCUACGCCAGUUCCUCAGAGGAGGCCACAUACUACUGGUUCAGGGAGAAUGAUGACUGGAUGCUGCCUUCGUCCCUGCUAAGACUGAAAGGAGUCAGGGCCACUGAUGCGGGAGUGUACAUGUGCGUGGCUAUGCUUCCUACCGUGCCGUUAAGGAAGUGGUGCAACAUCAGCAUUGUUGUUCUUCCUGACGCCCGUUGGUAUGAGUCCAACACCGGUCAAGUUGUACUGGUGUCCUUGCUGGGGGUGUUCAUAGGUCUCCUGGUUCUCAUCUUUGCCUGGAGAAUGUGCCUGAAGUACCACAGAAAGAAGGCCAAGACCUCCAAGGGGCCCAUAGAUGACCACUCUCAGAUCAAGCCCAUCUACAAAGCCAAAGUGGAGUGUCUCCCUUCAAACAGUGAAGACGAACGCUUUCUAAUGUGACGGCACUGUGGGGAUGGAAUGGAGUGGAGUCACAAGGAAGAUGGAGUGUGUGGCCAGAGAGUGAGGGAUGGUGUACUUAGAGGAGACUAGAUGGUUAUUGAUGAUGACGAGCAGAGAGAGCGAGGCUAUCGGGAGCACAGCAGAAAUACUAAAAAAAAAAAAAAAGAGCAAAAUUGCUUUGCAGAUGCUUAUGGGAGCUUAUGCACUUUGGACAUUUAUACCGCAGUGUGGAAAAACUGUGUUUUAUUUUGCGUGACAGCAUUUAACCAUUUAUAAGCAGUGGUCUCCACUUUGCACCUGGCUGGGUUGCAAGAUCAGCAUGGGGCGGGGGGGAGGAUACCUGGCGCCCCAUAACCCCAAUGCUCAGUCUACUCUGCCACUCCAUUCGUCUAAAAAAUCCUGCAUCCUAACCACUGUCCUAUGGUUCAACUCCUGCUGCCACGUCUUCACUGUGGGUGGGCAUUCGAUGGUAGGCCCAGAGAAAGAUCAUUAAGGAUCUCGUCACCGCUGCUGAAAGAAGAGCAGCCACCGACUAGCUGAAGCGGAAAGCCACUGUGUGGGCUGCUAAAUGACCUUUGACAGGUCACACAACCUAGUCUGAUCAACCAGCGGUGGGCCUGUCUCGACUGAAGGCAUGUUGAAAUUUUUUUUUCCAGUGAUUUGUUUUUUUUAAGUUAUAUUUUUGGACAACAAGCAAAUAUAAUUGUAGAUUAUAUGACGGAUUACUUGAUUUGCUUGUUCAGAUUUACAAUUUUUAAAAAAGGCAAUUCCUGGCUAAUGUGUGUUUUUUUUACAACAAUAGUCAAUUAAAGACAAUUAUCAAUGUAGAUGAACUACUGCUUUUUUGUAACAUAUACUGGUUUUGUGGGUUAUAUACAGUAUCGAUGCAGGCUCUCUUCCUGUUCCCCAGUGUGCUGUGCUGUUUAUUGUUGUAAAUGGCUAAGACAUUUCAAGUUAAGAGCUUACAUAAUUGUUGGUUAUUCUGCAUUAUUAUUAUUUAUUUAUUAAAUUAUUUCCCCUCUAUUUGCGAACAUUAAGUGUGUAUUUACAGUUGUGAUAGUCAUUUAAAGUGGAUAUUUACAGCAUAGGUGAGAAGCUUACAAUUAGCAAACAAUUACGGCUGUCAGAGUUAACAUGUAAAUGACGCGUGGUAAACAACAUUGAAUCGUUGACCACAAAGAGAUUUCCCUUACUUAUUGUAGAUAAAAACAUAUUUCUAGCUGCGAUUAAAUGUGAUUAAUUCCAAAUUAACUGUGGUCAAAAUGCGAUUAAUCACGAUCAAAAUUUUUUUGUUUAAUUGAUUGACCCUAAAAAUAAUACACAAGACAUAGUAUGAUACGUAUGUCACAGAAUAAGAAGUGGAAUGUAUACUGACAAACAUUUAAUUGUACAUGAAGAUGACAUCGCCAUAGGAACCAAGUUAUACUGUACACGAGCUAUGCCCAUUAUAUGGUCUAUGAUCAGGAAAAUUUUGUUAGUGGUCAAAAUUAUUUCAGUGUGAGACCAAACAAUGGAAUCAUAUUAAAAAAAAACAUAAUUUUUGCACAGUUUUGUCUCCAUGUCCAAUGAGUUGUAGCGGUAGAUGAAUAAUACUUAAUACAAGGUUCGAUGUGGGCAAUAUUAGCUUCAAGCUAGGCGAAGUGUGUCAUGGAAAUCUUAUAAUUUUAUUGACUUAUUAAUGGCCUUGGAGGGUUAGCUUCUUUUUGAUAUUUGUGCUUGUUUUGCUGACCUUUGUUGCAUGACUUAGCUGUUGCAAAAUAUCAUAAGCAUGACAAAAUUUCUCCUUUAGAAGAGGGGGGCACUAGCCCUGGUGUUAUAAUAAAUGAAUUAAUCACAGAAUAAAUUAAAUGACCUUGAUAAUUUUGCCGGCCUCAACACUUUGUCAUGCGUCCAUGCAUCCAAACAGGCAGGAAGAGAGUUCAAACAAACAACAUUAUUCCAAUUCCCGACCGACCUCCAAAAUAACCGUCACAGGCUACACACUCAUCUUUUCCGUUGCUUAUUAUUAACAUGAGCCUGCUCACAGUACGCCGCAUUUAGCCAGGCUUGUCUGCUGAAAUUAUGUUGGCUUUUUAUGUGCUUUUAUUAUCAGCGUGUGGCUACCAGUAGUCCGGCGUUAAUAAACAGGCGACAUGGCAGUUUAACAAUGACACUUCAUUAACGGGUGCAUGCAAUGUUAUUAAACUGAUUCUUCAACCAACCCAGCGUGCUUUUGCCAAAUGUUUUACACACUCUGUUCAAACUAUACACUUGGAGAAGCUUACCGUCUUAGGGGGGGGGGGACUACGAGAAAGUCGUUAAGAAGUUGUAUGCUUUUUUUUUUAAGCGACCCCUUUCCGACCCACAGCAGCCUGCUAUACGGUCCAGGGGAUUGAGCCAGAAAAGACAAGAUUAUUUUAUAGGGAUUUCACACAGUGGAACAGAACUGGAGCUGAAGUGUUGUUAACUUUAGGCAGCAGCAGGAGAAGUGACACUAUGACCUUAAUGGGGACUCAAGCAUGAACCAGUGGGCAAGAGCUGGUGGCAAAAAUCGUAUGUUGGAGUUUUAGCGCUUUGUUUUUCAUGUUUAUUCACAUACCCCCCAUGACAAUUAGUGUACCCCACCUUGAGAACCUAAGGUUAUACUGGGAAAACGUUGAGAAUAAAGCAAACUAUUCUACUCUAUAGACCGUAUUGUCGUAAUAGCAUAACGUAACAGCAAAUUACAGGAGCGUGUAGUAUUUCAGUGGUUUUGUGAUUUUACUUUUUUAUUUUGUUGUAAUACAUAUCCACAUUAGCUUGGCUAUGUUGUAAAUGACCACGGUGCCUCAAUAUACAGUACGUCAUGGUUUAAAAU